AUGGGGAAAUAUCGUUCAUUUACAUUAUUUAAAAAUGGAGAUAGUAUAACAAACACGGCUUCAUUUUGUAUUGUUGAUGUCAAUGCCGAUUGGCAAUUGGCACCCGAUGUGUUAUUGAUUCAAACUUCGAAGAGUUAUUUGGAGGGUCUCUUUGAAUCAUCGAAAAAAUCAAUACAAGAAGUACCACAUAUCUUAACACUGGAUGAAGCUAAACAAUUACAACAAUUUUUUAUGAUGAUUGCCAUAAGUAAUUUGGCUGGUAUAUUGGGAAUGAAUUUGGCCUAUUCAUCUUUGACAUAG